AUGCCCGAGUUGCCAGAGAUCCACAACUUUGUGCGAACGAUACAGGAGCAGGCGGCCCACCGCACGUUCAAUCGCAUCGUACAGCCGCGUAUAGCCGAGCCCAAAUGGCCGCAAAUCGACUCGCGGGGGUCCUUCGAAGCGCAGGCCCCCUUCACCCUGUCUGCCGUCGCUCGCGGCAAGGAGCUGCAGCUGACCAUGGUCCUCCCGAACGGCCUCUCCAUCGACUUUGUCUUCAACCACGGCCUCGAGGGGCGUUGGGUGUGGCACGCCGAUGCGAGCUCAGCCAGUGGGUCGGCCAUGCUCGAGUUUCACGCCACCGACGGCGGCUGCUUACGCUUGGUGGACAACAUGCGGAUGGCCAGCUGGCACCGAGGCCGCUUCGACCCGGUCACCCGCGGCCCCGACCCCCUCACCGAGCUGCCGGCUUUCGUGGCCCUGGUGCGCAACAACGCCCAGAACAAGGACUUCAACAAGCCCAUCGGCGAGGUGCUUCUCAACCAGAAGUACUUCAACGGUAUCGGCAAUUACCUGCGGGCCGAGGUGCUGGCCAGGGCCGGUAUAUCGCCGCAUCUGCCGGCCACCCAACUAUUCACCAGCCCCGAGUACCAGCAAAAGAGCGAAGUGGUUCUUGCGCUGUGCCACGCGAUCCCGCAGGAGGUCCUGGAUGACCGGGGCCUCAACAAGUACGGCAGCCCGGCCGAGAAGCAGAAGUUCCAGGCCUGGCUCACGUGCUAUGGCAAGGCCACCAGCGAAAAGGACAAGGGCGGCCGUACCAUUUGGUACUUCCCGGACCAGGCCUCGCGACAGCCCUCGCCCAAGGACCUCGACUACGCGCAGCAGCUCAUCGGCCAGGCCCAGGGCGGCAGCAGCUUCAACAACAGCGGCGGCCUCGCCCAGGGUUUCUCGUUCGCGCCAACCCCGAUGGCGUCAAUCUUGAUGCCCGCCACCACCAAGACUGCACCUCUACCCAGCAAGGCGGCACUGACUGCGGGCAGCGGCGGAGUGUAUUCGACGACGACAAAGCUGCUGCUGCUCGUGUCGAUUCUGUUCAAGGAGGGCAAGAUCGAGGCGGCGGAAAAGGACCGGCUCAAGGAGAUCGUGGUGGCCGGUGGCGGUCGCCAGGGCGGCGAGGGGAAGGCGGUGCAGUGGCUGACGAAGCUCGAGGCCUGCCUGGAGUACUUUGAAGCCGAAAACGACCUCGACGAGGUGGGCGAGACCAUGCGCAUCCUUACCAGACGCUACGUCAUCGCCCACAACUGA